GAUCUGUUCGUCCCAACAGCAGAAACGGGGACGGGCCGGCGUCACCGCGGUUAAAGUUGGCGGGUGACGUAGGAUCUGUUCGUCCCAACAGCAGAAAUGGGGACGGGCCGGUGUCACCACGGUUAAAGUUGGCGGGUGACAAGGGACAAUACGGGGAAUCUUUCUGGGAAGAGAAGGCUGUCGAAGGACUCACUGGAAAUGUUUUCUCUCUUGUCAGUGGGAGUCGAUCUUCGAAAACAUUCAAACCCAAGAAGAACAUUCCCGAGGGCUCCCACCAGUAUGAGCUCCUGAAACACGCGGAGGCGACGCUGGGCAGCGGGAACCUUCGGCAAGCGGUGAUGUUGCCGGAGGGAGAGGAUCUGAACGAGUGGAUCGCAGUCAACACCGUGGAUUUCUUCAACCAGAUUAACAUGCUGUACGGGACCAUCACAGAGUUCUGCACCGAGGCGAGCUGUCCGGUCAUGUCCGCGGGACCAAGGUAA